GCGCUAUCAACAGGCCCAGCGAGAAAACACCGUGGGGCCGUAUCCCAUAUAGCCCCUGACUUUCUACAGAAGCACACUACAUUUACUGUCACAUAAUGGCGUUCCAGGCUCUACGUAGUACACUACAUGUCCCAUAGCGAGGCGUUUGUUAUGCAGCCGGUGAGAUUUUUGGAUUCCAGUCGUCCAGCACUGUUCCCACCAUUCCGCGUAGAUUUUCUCUGAGAGAAGUGAAAGGUCGCCUGUCUUUCUCCAGUUUUUUUUGUUUUGCUUAUCCAUUUAAAGCCUAUUAAUAGUUAUUGGGAUUUUCUGUAUUCGUAUUGGAGUCAUUUUGGUUGUGUAUAAUAGAGACAGUCGUACUUUACGAGUGAAGUAGCGUUACCUUACGCGCCGCUGUUGUCGGUUGGUCAAGAGUGCUUUUUAAACAGCUCUCGCGACGCGACGGUUAGUAACGCUGAGCUCAGGUCAGAGUUCAGUGUGUCUGAAUCACAGGAGAGUCACACAGGAGUUCUCCAGCUCAACAUAAGCCCAUAUCACAUCACUCAGGUUAUCCAGGGUUAUUUUCAUUUGGACCGUGAUACUCUGGCUUUUGGCGCAACUCCAAGUCUGUGAAGAUCGCCAACAAGAAAAAUGUCCUCAAAGAUGCAGAGCUCAAAUAACAUAGCGCAGGCAAGAAGAAUCGUACAGCAGCUACGGAUAGAGGCAAACAUUGAGAGGAUAAAGGUUUCUAAAGCCUCUGCAGACCUUAUGCAUUACUGCAGUGAGCACGCCAAGUACGACCCUCUACUCAUGGGCAUCCCGGCCUCAGAAAACCCUUUUAAGGAUAAGAAGCCCUGCACUAUAUUGUAGUGGGAAGCACUAAUCAUGUGCUCUUUGAUGCCUCCUUUUUUAUAGAGAGAAUAUUUUACCUUAAAGCAUUCAUACACUAGUCGCCUUAAAGUCAGCUAACCUCCUCAUUCUCACUCUUCUUUUAUUCUCCUGCCCUCCAGGCUAGAACAGGAGUCUACACUUGAAACAUAUUCAUUUUUUUCACUUCUGUUCUAUUCAAGAAAAUGAGACCAAAAACCUCUAAGUAAACAAGUUUUAUGGUGCAUUGACAAAGCUUGUGAUAGGAUUUUUUUAACCCCACUAUUGAUUGCUAGAACUGAGAAGUUGUUUGCUGUGAUUGUGCUAUCUGAUGUGGUCUAGACCAGACCGUUUUGCAAAUAAAGAAGAAGAAAAAAAAUCUCAGUUGGGAAGUACCCAAACAAAGAGCUCUACUCAUCAAGGCCAAUUCCGUUUUCUUUGAUCAUCAUGCCCUCUUAAUGUCUCAGUUCGGAUAAGCAAAGCUCAGCAGUAGCGCUCUGACUCUCUGUUAUAUUCAGCCUUUCACCUUUCAAGGAAAGUGAGAGGAGCCCGGAGGCCUGAAACAGUGCUCUACAUGUCUAAUACGUUUUUUUUCCCAACUUUUAUUCAUUUGGCAAGUGCAUUUAUCCAAACUGUCUUUCAGAUGAGACAAAAUGUAAUUCAAGCAAAAAACCACCCAGUUACUAGUGCAGAACACUGUUCCACAUAGUAAUAAAUCAAGGCAACUGGACUUAUGGCUAAAGUCAUUUAUUCUUUAGCGAUUGUUCAGUGAAAAAAAAUCCAUUUUUCUUCGGCAUAAUGCAGUCUGCCUGUCUAAAUCAUCACAAGCCCACCACAAAAGGCAUAGGUUGCCUCAGUUAAACCAUUAAUGAUUUUAUAAAGUAGCAGAAUAUAUCUGUAUUAGUGCCUUCAGACUCUGGGCCAUACCUCUGUGAGUCAAGUGACAGCAGACUACAUGCUAAGGAAAAAAGUGAUCCCAGUUUCCAGAUGGGUGCUACUAGGGUUAAUAGCAUUGUGACAAGCUUUUGCCCAAUUCAUAGUUACUAUUGUAAUACAAGAUCACAAAACACAUAAGCAAGUGUGUGUGAAGUUGCUAACUUUAUACUGUAUGAUGUGAGUAUGUGACAUUGGGCCUAAUUUGUCAAGGUGGAGACAAACAAAUAAAUUCAUAAAUUAUUCACAGGCGCAUAUAAAAAAAUGUGGUAUUCAGAAAAAUGUUUGUAUCCUCCAGAGUUUCUAUAAAUUUUCAUGCGUUAAAAACUAAAUGGAACCUCAAUUGAUCGACUUCAUAUUCUAUGACUGGUAUGAGUUGCUGCAAUUUUAUACACUGAUUAUGUUUAAAUAGCUUAUUUAUAAGUAUACUCACAUUUUUAUAAUUAAAGUUUUGUGCAAUUACUUAAAGAAAGCAAUCUGAAACAAAUCCAUAAAUUAAGAAGAAUAAGACUAGCCAUUGAGUUAAGACAUAUGAAAUGGCAGGUGGAAGGGUCUGUUGGACGAUUUAUCACACUCCAUGUUCGGAUGCGCUCUUUCACCAUUUAGUCACCAGUUUGUUGUUUUCAGCUCAGUUGUCAGUUUUGCCCUUUAUGGAGUUUGUGACAUGACUAAAUGUAAAUCAGCUGUGCUGUGAACACACCUGGUAGUUUACUGGUGAUUGCCGUUCAUGAACAUGCACAUGUGAGUAUGAAGAAGAACAAGAAGUUACCGAAGCAUUUAUGAAUCUGGCGGGAUUUUUUUUUUUUUUUUUAGUUUGGCUUACGAAAACAUUUAAACACAACUUUUCUAAAGGAUUUAUAACUGAGACCCUUUGGACACGGACUUGUCUGGGCUGAUCGAAUAGGUUUUGGGGUGAGGGGAAAUUGUAUACAUUGUGGUUUUGCUCAAACAAAUGUUUUAAAACUAUGUCCACUAGCCUUGACAUUUUACUACUAUUCACAAUAAUGUGUAUGACCAAAAACCUCAUCCAAUAUGCGUAUGGACCAAUAUCCAUACGCAGUCAAGUUGACUGAACUUGUAUUGCGAUAUUAAAGCUGAUUCUACACUGACUAGUCUGCUCAGUCUAACCAGCUGUCUAAUCUCUUGCAAACUUUGGGCCCUACUGAAUUUUGUAUUGUGCCAUUCUGGGCUGGUUUUAAUAAUAAGCAAGGUUGAACCAAACAGGAAUAGGAAAAAAGCACCAAAUAAAGUAGCUCUACAUACACUUUAACACAAGUCCAGUUGCCUUGUCUUAAUUCUACUAGACACUGAAAGUGACCCAGAUGACUGGUAGCCUUUAGAGUCCUGUUGCUCAUUGUGGAGGAACCUGUGGCGUCACUCUGACGUAAUUUGUCCUCAAGAGUACCAACACUCCCUCUUUAACUCGGCACAUGUGAACAAUAGAGGGCUUCACACAGGUCAGUGAAAGGUCGCCUCCUCUGUCAGAGCACUAAACCAACCAUGCUUUCUUUUCACCCUUCCCUUCACAACGUUGCCAAAACCCCACACAUCAGCUUUUCCACAGGACGAUGGGAAGCUCUCUUGGCUUUUGCAUAGAGCAAAAGUGAGUGCAGUGCUGCAGGAAUGAGAAAAAACAUCAUUAUUGUUCAGGGGUAUUUUAGGCUUACAUGAAUUAUAUUUCAUAACCCCUGCCAAAAGCAUGUUUGAUAAGUGAGAAGCAUGACCCAAAUUCUCCUGCCUACCCAGUUUUUGCCUAUGCCUUAGAAAACCUUAGACUUUUGUUGUUGUCCUGUUUAUGGUAGAUACAGUAGCAAUAUAUAUGAUUGCAGAUCAUGGUACAGUAAUAUAUUAUAACCCUUUAAUGAUUAUAUGCCUUAUUUACAUGUAAAAGAUGCUUUUGAUUGUUUUGAUUUCUAAUGAUAGUAUCUUCUUUUGAAUGAUAAAAUCUGUAACUUGUUUGUGCCAUCAUGUCACGUCCAGUCUAGCCAGCAAUAGUAAUGUCUCUAGAGUUACUGCCAGUGCUUCUCUUUUUAUCUACGCUGAGCAAACCAUAGACGAAGAAUUACUCCAGUGACUGUUAUUGUGAAUUUGAACAUUCCAUGUUUACAACUGCGGUUUGGGUGAAAACCCUCUAUAAUGCCAUGCAGUUUUUAAUGUGUGUAUGUGAGUGCAUUUAUUUUAACAUAAAAAAAGAACGCCUAAUGUGUAUGCUCAUCAUAUGGCUGGCUGAAAACAAGUGAAGGCCUUAAUCAAGUUUUCUUGCUCUCGCUCGUCGUCCUCUCUUACACAGUCAAGGGUUCCUCUACUGUGAACUAGCAGCCUGCAGUCCUACACACUGUGUAUCACCAAUCCUCAGGACAAAUGGAUUAAAGCCUUUGGCACAUGCCAAUUCAAAAAAAGAAUUGUUUAGCACAAAUGUUGACAUGGCCAACAGUGAAUGGAAUCCAGCAGCUUUCACCAGUUAGCCAUGCUAACUUCUGGGGUUUAAUAGCAUACUAGCAGUGCGAGCAUGAUUAACCAAACCUUACCAAUAAGGAUGCCAAUAAUGAUCACUCGUCAUUCAGUUGAAACUUGUCAAAUUAAUAAAAAACUUUGGAAUCUGGACUGCAGUCACAAACACAUUAAAUUCCAAUGACAGUAUGCCAAGUAUAUAUGAUUGAAUUUGUGUUCUUUAAUCACUAAGCAGCCUUGCACUGUCUAUUGAGUAAUGUUUUAUAGUAUUUCCCUCUACAGAGUAUUGAAUCCUUUUUGUUAAGGUACCCUGUUGGUAAUUACACAGCAUAAUAAUGUGUUCAUCCCUGAAGGUGAUUUUGUAUGGACCCUUGUGAUGACUCACUCAAGCUUUUUGCCUUUCAAAGAAAAAGAUUGUUUGAAUAUGAAGUGCACUCAUUCUCACCAUUUUGUGUGGAUCGUUCUUCUCAAAAGAAACUUUGACCUGUGAAAAACAGCAGAGCUUGAUUGCAAAUUCUGAUGUUACAAUUGUCCUUUUUCCAGUUAAAAUUAAAUAUAAUUUUAUUCGCAA